AACUGUUAAAAAGGGGCUGAUCCCUUUAAAAACCGUUUUAACUGCUCUUUGUCAAACACACACUCAUUUGCGGUCAUUGAGGCCACCUUGGCGCAGAUCACUUAAAGUGUAUGUCUUAAUCAGUUUUCCGUACAGUCAGUAGCACCAUAUUUAACAGAGUGAGCAAUUCUGUGACCUAGGAAUACGGUAGAAUUGUUUAAAUGUAUUUUUUUCUCAAAAGGCAGAUAUUUAACUUUUUAUAUAACACUGUCUUUUCUAGAGAGAAAUGCUCUUAAAGACCUAUAUGUAUAUUUCAAAAAAAAAAAAAAUUAUGUAAGCUGUUGGGGAAGAGAGGAUAGGAGGGAGGCUUGUGUGUGUGUCGAGGGGGGAGUUAUUGGUUGUGUUUUCUGUUCCUUACUGGGAACAAAAACCAGAUUGCCCAGACAAUUUGUAAAAAGAAGUACUGAAACCUAAAAUUAGAAAUAAGGAAAAUUUAGCAACAUUCUAUUCUGAAAACUAGCCUCAGAACUUCCAGGGUCUGGUCUUUUAAAUUGCAAGAUCUAGGACAUGUUUAGGGAUGUUUAAAGCUGUGUUCUUCCUUCUUGUCUGAGUGUUCAGGCUGUGUUUCUGGGGUUGAGAUAUCACAUGUGCCAGACAGAAAUCCUAAACUUUAAAAAGGAACAUAAAAACCUUUCUGGACUGGAAUCAGAUCCUUAAGAUAAUUUAAUGCUUUUAAAAAGGAAAAGGUGGACCUGGACUGAGGGUGUAAAAUCCCUGGACACAUUCGUGGGGCAGGAAAAAGAAGAGGAAGAUUAGAAGAUUUUUUUUUUCUUUGAGAGAAAGCCCAGCGGAGAUAAACGAAUGUCCCCUCAUCUCCAAAGGAAAGUUCAUCGGAUUUUUAUUCUAGAGAGCUCAUCUUCAGGAUGUCAGUGAACAUUUCUACUGCAGGAAAAGGUGUGGAUCCAAAUACAGUUGAUACUUAUGACAGUGGCGAUGAUUGGGAAAUCGGGGUUGGAAAUUUAAUAAUUGAUUUGGACGCUGAUUUGGAGAAGGACAGACAGAAAUUUGAGAUGAAUAAUUCCACCAACACCACUAGCAGCAGCAACUCCAAGGAUUGUGGAGGUCCGGCCUCCAGUGGGGCUGGUGCUACCGCAGCCUUAGCUGAUGGCCUAAAAUUUGCUUCUGUUCAGGCCUCUGCUCCCCAGGGGAAUUCACACAAAGAGACCAGCAAAUCAAAAGUGAAAAGGAGUAAAACUUCUAAGGAUGCUAAUAAAUCUCUGCCUUCUGCUGCCUUGUAUGGGAUUCCCGAGAUUAGCAGCACUGGCAAGAGGCAGGAAGUCCAAGGGCGCCCUGGAGAGGCAACUGGCAUGAAUUCAGCGCUGGGUCAAAGUGUGAACAGCGGCGGCAGCGGCAACUCAAACAGCAAUAGUACCAGCACCAGCACCUCUGCCGCCACCGCGGGGGCAGGCUCCUGUGGGAAAAGCAAAGAGGAGAAGCCAGGUAAAAGCCAGAGCAGCCGAGGCGCCAAGCGGGAUAAGGAUGCGGGGAAAUCCAGGAAGGACAAGCACGACCUGCUUCAGGGCCACCAGAAUGGCAGUGGCGGCCAGGCCCCUUCUGGGGGGCACCUCUAUGGCUUUGGGGCCAAGAGCAAUGGAGGUGGCGCGAGCCCCUUCCACUGCGGGGGCACUGGGAGUGGCAGCGUCGCCGCUGCAGGGGAAGUUAGCAAAAGUGCCCCGGAUUCAGGGCUCAUGGGAAACGCUAUGUUGGUAAAGAAGGAAGAGGAGGAGGAGGAGAGCCACAGGCGAAUCAAGAAACUGAAAACUGAGAAGGUUGACCCCCUGUUUACAGUGCCAGCGCCACCACCGCCGAUUUCCAGCAGUCUCACGCCUCAGAUUCUACCCUCCUACUUUUCCCCAUCUUCAUCCAAUAUUGCAGCACCGGUUGAACAGCUUUUGGUUCGCACUCGUUCUGUGGGUGUCAAUACAUGUGAAGUUGGAGUAGUGACAGAGCCAGAGUGUCUUGGGCCCUGUGAACCCGGGACCAGUGUCAAUUUGGAAGGGAUCGUGUGGCAUGAAACAGAAGAAGGUGUCCUAGUGGUCAAUGUCACCUGGAGGAACAAAACAUACGUGGGAACCCUACUGGACUGCACCAAGCAUGACUGGGCCCCUCCCAGGUUUUGUGAGUCACCGACAAGCGACCUGGAGAUGAGAGGGGGCCGGGGCAGAGGGAAGAGAGCGAGGUCUGCUGCUGCAGCCCCGGGCUCCGAGGCCAGCUUCACGGAGUCUAGAGGGCUGCAGAACAAGAACAGAGGGGGGGCCAAUGGGAAAGGGAGGCGGGGCAGCCUCAAUGCCAGCGGACGAAGGACACCCCCAAAUUGUGCCGCUGAGGACAUCAAAGCCAGCCCUUCCUCCACCAACAAAAGGAAAAACAAGCCUCCAAUGGAGCUGGACCUGAACUCCAGCUCUGAGGACAAUAAGCCUGGGAAGCGCGUCCGCACCAAUUCCAGAAGCACUCCCACUACCCCUCAAGGGAAACCAGAGACUACUUUUUUGGACCAAGGCUGCUCUUCUCCAGUGUUAAUCGACUGUCCCCACCCAAACUGCAACAAAAAGUACAAGCACAUUAACGGCCUGAGGUACCACCAGGCUCAUGCACACUUAGACCCGGAAAACAAGCUGGAGUUCGAGCCUGACAGCGAGGACAAGAUCUCGGACUGCGAGGAAGCGUUGAGUAACGUGGCACUGGAAUGCGGCGAGCCAAGCACAAGCGUAUCUGCUUAUGACCAGGUGAAGGCACCGGCAUCCCCUGGGGCCGGAAACCCGCCUGGGACCCCAAAGGGAAAGAGAGAGCUGAUGAGCAAUGGCCCAGGUUCCAUUAUUGGUGCUAAAGCUGGGAAGAAUUCUGGCAAAAAGAAGGGCCUUAACAAUGAGCUGAACAACCUUCCAGUCAUCUCCAACAUGACGGCCGCCUUAGACAGUUGCUCAGCCGCAGACGGCAGUUUGGCUGCUGAGAUGCCUAAACUGGAAGCAGAGGGAUUAAUUGACAAGAAAAAUUUAGGAGAUAAAGAAAAGGGCAAGAAAGCUAACAACUGCAAAAUGGACAAAAACCUCUCUAAACUGAAAAGUGCCCGGCCCAUCGCCCCUGCCCCAGCCCCCACUCCCCCGCAGCUAAUCGCUAUACCCACUGCAACCUUUACAACCACCACCACGGGGACAAUACCCGGACUGCCCUCCCUCACGACGACUGUGGUUCAGGCUACACCAAAGAGUCCUCCGUUAAAACCCAUUCAACCAAAGCCCACGAUUAUGGGAGAGCCCAUCACCGUGAACCCAGCUCUGGUGUCACUCAAAGACAAAAAGAAAAAGGAGAAGCGAAAGCUGAAGGACAAGGAAGGGAAAGAGACGGGAAGCCCAAAAAUGGAUGCCAAGCUGGGGAAGCUAGAGGACUCCAAGGGGGCCAGCAAAGAUCUACCUGGCCAUUUUUUAAAGGAUCAUCUCAACAAGAAUGAAGGGCUGGCAAAUGGACUGUCAGAGUCUCAGGAGAGCCGCAUGGCCAGUAUCAAAGCCGAAGCCGAUAAGGUGUACACUUUCACAGACAACGCCCCCAGCCCUUCCAUCGGGAGCGCCUCGAGGAUGGAAUGCAGCACUUUGGUGAACGGGCAGGCACCAAUGGUACCUCUGCAUGUGUUGAACCAGAAUGGGGCCGAGAGUUCAGCCGCCAAGACAAGCAGCCCGGCCUAUUCGGACAUAUCCGAUGCUGCUGACGACGGUGGUUCCGACAGCAGGUCAGAGGGCAUGAGAUCAAAGGCCGGUUCCCCAUCAGAUAUUAUUUCUAGUAAGGACGGUGGAGUGAAAGGGCAUUCUUCAACUACAGCACAAUCAUCUCAACUGAAAGAGUCCCAUUCUCCGUAUUACCACGGCUAUGAUCCUUAUUAUUCUCCAAGUUACAUGCACCCUGGGCAGGUCGGCGCCCCUGCAGCUGGAAAUAGUGGGAGCACACAGGGAAUGAAGAUCAAGAAGGAGUCUGAGGAAGAUGCCGAAAAGAAAGACAAGGCAGAGCAGUUAGAUUCUAAGAAAGUGGACCACAGUUCCGCAUCCUUGCAGCCUCAGCACCAGUCGGUGAUCACACAAAGACAUCCUGCCCUGGCUCAGUCACUGUAUUAUGGCCAGUAUGCCUAUGGGCUCUAUAUGGACCAGAAGUCUCUGAUGGCCACCAGCCCUGCCUAUAGACAGCAAUAUGAGAAGUACUAUGAGGACCAGAGGUUGGCAGAGCAGAAAAUGGCCCAGACUGGGAGAGGAGACUGUGAAAGGAAAAGUGAGCUCCCCUUGAAAGAGCUGGGCAAGGAGGAAACUAAACAGAAAAACAUGCCAUCGGCCACAAUCUCAAAAGCUCCCUCUACUCCGGAGCCUAACAAAAACCAUUCUAAACUAGGGCCAUCAGUGCCUAAUAAAACUGAGGAGACAGGUAAAUCGCAGCUUCUCUCCAAUCACCAGCAGCAGCUUCAGGCCGACAGCUUCAAAGCUAAGCAGAUGGAAAACCACCAGCUUAUUAAGGAGGCUGUAGAAAUGAAGUCUGUCAUGGACUCUAUGAAGCAGACAGGUGUAGACCCAACCUCGAGAUUUAAACAAGAUCCAGAUUCAAGAACAUGGCAUCAUUACGUAUACCAGCCCAAAUAUCUGGAUCAGCAAAAGUCAGAAGAACUUGAUAGAGAGAAGAAAUUAAAAGAGGAUAGUCCCAGGAAAACCCCUAAUAAAGAGAGUGGUGUGUCCAGCCUUCCUGUAUCAUUAACGAGCAUUAAAGAGGAGCCCAAAGAGGCCAAGCGUCCUGAUUCUCAAUCAAUGGAGGAGAGCAAGCUGAAAAAUGAUGAUCGAAAGACUCCUGUGAACUGGAAGGACUCUCGGGGAACAAGAGUGGCUGUCUCCUCACCCAUGAGUCAGCAUCAGUCAUACAUACAGUACUUGCAUGCUUAUCCUUACCCACAGAUGUACGACCCAAGCCAUCCUGCAUACCGAGCUGUUUCUCCCGUCCUAAUGCACAGUUACCCUGGGGCCUAUCUCUCUCCAGGAUUUCAUUAUCCUGUUUAUGGGAAGAUGUCAGGGAGAGAAGAGACAGAGAAAGUCAAUACCAGCCCUAGCAUCAACACGAAAACAACCACUGAAUCUAAAGCACUGGAUUUGCUCCAGCAGCAUGCUAACCAAUACCGCAGCAAGUCUCCUGCUCCAGUGGAAAAGGCUACAGCUGAGCGGGAACGGGAGGCAGAAAGGGAAAGGGAUCGCCACUCCCCCUUCGGCCAGCGGCACCUGCACACGCACCACCACACCCACGUUGGCAUGGGUUACCCGCUAAUCCCGGGUCAAUACGACCCUUUUCAAGGCUUGACCUCUGCUGCCCUUGUUGCCUCUCAGCAGGUGGCUGCCCAGGCAUCUGCAUCUGGAAUGUUUCCUGGACAAAGAAGAGAAUAACAAGAUUGGAAAUGUACAUUGUCAUGUGACUGGAUCACAUGGGGAAGCGCUUUAUACAGACAUCAGUUCCAUGGUGUUAAUUUGAAAUGCCUUAAUGGCAGGCAAAAACCAGUCAUUUCAUUUUUGUAAAUUACAGAUUUUAUCACAGAGUAACAAAUGUUUCUGUAAUUAAACUUCUGUUUUAUAUAUAUAUAUACGUAUACAUAUCUGUAUAUAUACAUAUAUAUAUAUAUUAUAUAUAUAUAUAUUCUUUACUUUUUGUAUCAGUAACCAGGCUCGCACACACAGGGUCUGCUGCCACGUCGCAAACCACUCAGUAAAGGAAAUUAAAAUGUAUUUGUCAUGUUGAAAAGUGUUAGCCAGAAAAGGCUACUUUCUUUUUUUUCCUUUUCCUUUAAAAUUGUAAAUAAAUAAUGUUAUGUAUCAGUGUGCCUGAACCUUGCAUAUCCUUCACAUAUUUCCCAUAAGCCCCUCAGAAAGGCUAACUGUGAUGAUGACACUUUGGUACAAUUUAGAUGUCUAUUUGGUGGCUCCUGUUAAAGAUGCAUCAGUGUAAAAUGUUCCUGUAGUCACUCUUUGUACUUGUGUAUUGUGGAAAAAAUACUUUUGGAAGGCAUGGGGUUGCCAGUACCACAAAAACUGUGUUGUAUAUAAUGUAAAGAUUAAAAUGGGGAAAUAAUGAGCAUCUGUGAAUAAUGAGGUGUCAUUUUUUGAUAAUCUUGAAUGGCAAAUAACCCAAUAGCCUGCGUACCAGAGACAUCUGUGAUUGUUCUAUUACUUGAAUAGUCCUAAAGUCUUUUUUUUUUUUUUUUAAUGUUUACAAUUACCCAGUUUUAGAAGAGAGAGACUUUAAUGCCAUUGCCUGGUUACUUGUUUUAUGCUGUAAUCUAGUUUAUUUUAUGUAAAAUGUAUAUUGAAUGCUUUCCUUUUUUAUACCUGCCUUAAAUAAUUUGGCAAUCAGAAUUAAAAAGGUUUUUUUUUUUUUUUAAAUAAUG